UAUUUUUGUCUGGCGAAAUAAUCUAUACCAAAUACGGUGCGGUUUGGUUCAGUGACGUCAUGCAUGAUUCACGUGCGUUGCCGCGAGACUGACCGAGCAACAGCGCCGCCUGGCGAGAUUUGUUCAAAGUGCAGCCAACAGAACCAGUUGUCUCGUGACAGGAACUAUGCUACACAAUGGCUGCCACUCAGAAUCAGAUGUUUGUUGUUUUGUCUUUGUUUGCGCUCGUUUUGCAGGGCCAAAAGGUUGACAGUCGCAGCUUCUCCAUCGACUAUGACAACAACACGUUCCUGAAGGAUGGUGAGCCGUUUCGCUACAUCUCCGGCAGCAUCCACUAUUCCCGCGUCCCCCGCAGCUACUGGCAGGACAGACUCAACAAGAUGUACGCUGCCGGACUCAACGCUAUACAGACUUAUGUACCAUGGAACCUCCACGAGCCAAAGCCAGGGAAGUACGACUUCACGGGAAAUAACGACAUCGAAGCCUUCCUGAAACUAGCGAACGACACGGGUCUACUGGUCAUCCUGCGUCCUGGUCCCUACAUCUGUGCGGAAUGGGACAUGGGAGGCCUUCCCUCCUGGCUGAUGAAGGACAACUCCUCUAUCGUACUGAGGUCAUCUGAUCCUGCUUACCUAGACCCAGUUGACACCUACAUGGCCCAGCUGCUCCCCAGGAUAAAGCCUUACCUCUAUAACAACGGGGGACCCAUCAUUACUGUACAGGUUGAGAAUGAGUAUGGCAGUUUCUACACCUGUGACUACGACUACCUGCGGCACCUGCGGCAGGUGUUUAUUCAGCACCUGGGACCAGACGUGGUCCUGUUCACCACAGACGGCUGGUGGGACGGAGUCCUCAAGUGUGGGACUAUCGACGGACUGUACACCACUGUGGACUUUGGACCAGGCACAGACCCUGUAGGAGCCUUCAAAGGGCAGAGAAAACACCAACCCAAAGGCCCACUGGUGAACUCUGAGUUCUACACCGGUUGGUUGGACCACUGGGGACAACCUCACGCACACACAGACAAGGACAAGGUGGCAACCUACCUGGAGAAAAUACUACAACUCAACGCUAGCGUCAACAUGUACAUGUUUGAGGGAGGCACCAACUUCGGCUACAUGAAUGGGGCAAACGGCCCCUUUAAGCCACAGCCCACCAGUUAUGAUUAUGACGCUCCACUAACGGAGGCAGGAGAUCCAACCGACAAGCUAACUACUAUCUCCAAUGUCAUUGCCAAGCCUGUUCCUACUUCUUACGACUACGAUGCCCCCUUGUCUGAGGCUGGAGACCCCACAGAUAAGUUCUACAGUAUCAGGAACCUGAUCAGCGUCCCUGGUGAAGCCACCUUACAGCCUGUUCCUACUUCUUAUGACUACGAUGCCCCCUUGUCUGAAGCUGGAGACCCUACAGAUAAGUUCUACAGUAUCAGGAGCCUGAUCAGUAAGCUUUAUUCCUUCUUGUACUUGAACUUGAGCCUCUUUAGUUGUGGUCCUGUGUUAGGCGUCCCUGGUGAGACCACCUUCCAGCCUGUUCCUACUUCUUACGACUACGAUGCCCCCUUGUCUGAAGCUGGAGAUCCCACAGAUAAGUUCUACAGUAUCAGGAGCCUGAUCAUUCCGUCAGCUACCACCAAUGCCAGUACCCCCCUGCCACCCCCCAAGGCAGCAUAUGGGAAAGUCCAGAUGACUUUUGAAGCAACAGUGCUGGACAAGUUGUCGGACCUGUCUCCGGAAGGACCAAUCAGAGCAGACUAUCCCAUCACCAUGGAGAAUAUGCAGCAGAGCUAUGGGUUCAUGUUAUACAGGGCAACUCUACCGGCCGCAGCUACAGGAGCCAAACUGUCAGUACCCGGGAUCAGGGACAGGGGCUUUGUCAUGCUGGACCAGGAAGCAACAGUGCUGGACAAGUUGUCGGACCUGUCUCCGGAAGGACCAAUCAGAGCAGACUAUCCCAUCACCAUGGAGAAUAUGCAGCAGAGCUAUGGGUUCAUGUUAUACAGGGCAACUCUACCGGCCGCAGCUACAGGAGCCAAACUGUCAGUACCCGGGAUCAGGGACAGGGGCUUUGUCAUGCUGGACCAGACCCCAGUGGGUAUCCUGAGCCGUAACGGCCCCACAGACUUGAACCUGACUGCCCAGGCUGGGCAGGUGUUGGACGUCGUGGUGGAGAACCAAGGUCGUAUCAACUUCGGCAGGUACAUCAACGACUCUAAGGGCAUCAUCUCCAACGUCACCCUUGGCAACGACACACUGCGUUCCUGGUCCAUCUACUCUUUAGACAUCGACGGUGCCCUCCCCACCCUGUUCUCACCACCAGCUAACCCAGCUGUCCAUAUCAACGGUCAACUACCAGCUCUGCCUACGAUACUGCAGCAGGACCUAGAGGGCGUCGAUGGGCAGUUGACCAACCAGGAGAAGCGUAGCGCCCGACCGGUGCGAUCGCGGGCCGGCCAGAUGGUCCCGUCCUUCUACACGGGAACCUUCUCCAUCCAGGGAGACCCACAGGACACCUUCCUCAACAUGAAGGGAUGGACUAAGGGCCAGGCAUUCGUCAACGGGUUCAACCUGGGCCGCUAUUGGCCAGUGGAGGGGCCGCAAAUCACGCUGUACGUUCCAGCUAGCGUACUGAAAUCCGACAACAACGUCACUCUGUUCGAACUGGAGGCAUCGCCAUGCCUCAUGAGCCAAACUUCUGACGCAGACUGCACUGUAGAGUUUCAGGACCGUCCAAUCAUUAACGCGACUGUGUCCCACCCUCGUGGUGUAAAACAUGACACUACCACCAGUGACUCGGUUUCCGUUGAUCUAGAUGGGUUCAUUGCAGCAGUAUCUUUUGUAUUUGGUGUGGUGUUCUCUGUAGCAUAUCCUAUCAGCACUGUACUCAACAUUCUGUUCUCAUAACUGCUAGGAGGAAAUUAGACAGUCAAAUUUUGAAUAUUAAAGCAACAAUCAAUUUGUUCAAAGUUAAAACUUUAGAUCCAACCCAAAAAAGUUCUCCUAUUUGACCAGUCACUCUGGUCUUCCUCAGUAGACUGACCAAGUGAGACUUGUCACAUGGCUUCUUUGAAGUGUGAUCUACAUGUAUUGUGUUGGAUCUUAAGUUUUAACUUAAAUGUAUCUACCAACACAGAUGAACUUUUAUGAUAACAAUCAAUUUGUUUUAGCUUAAUGGAAUGAAGAUAUUAGUUUUAAGGUCUGAUGUAAAAUGUCUUGACAAAACAAACAUCGACAACAAAAUUUACAACUGGUUUAAAAGUUCUAUCUCAUACUAUUGAGCUAAAUCAGAAUAGUCAACUACAUGUAGUUUAGAUGUAUGUGACAUGCGUUUUAGCACUAAAAAUGAAUUAUGCCACGAGUGCCUUUCUUCUGAUUAGAUACACUUUUAUACCAUUUCUACAGGCUGUCAGGUUUUUUGUUGAAACAGAUUUUUUCGUGAACAGAAGAAAAAAUAAAAAAAAAUGUGUAUGUAUGAGAGAGUUCAUUUAUGUUAGGAGCUUGAAUUCAAAGCAGCUUAUUGUACAUUUUCCGUAAGUUGGACACUAUUAGACAGUUAAGUAUAACUUUUCUCUCUUUCUUUGUUACUAAGUUAUAGGUUAAAGAGUAGUGAAACCAUGUAUGCUGUACUAGAGAGGCAUCAAGUCUAUGCUGCUUUAAGUCUUAGAUCAUACAGACUAGUAAAGGAUAUUCUUUUGGUGCUGGACACACUAUCUUAAGAAAUGCUUAAAAUAAGACGAAAAUUAUACUGUAUGAUUUUUCUGGUGAAGGGUGUAAGCCUUAAAUUUUGCCUGUGUGUGUUUGUUAUCUGAGUAGAUGUCUGCAUUUAUGUGGACUGAUAUGGACUAGUAAUUACAGAGGGAAUAUAUGCAAUGUUGAUUGUUGCAAUGCAAUAUAAUCAUGAAUAAAAUAUGGAUAUGGUA